AUGGAUAUUUUUAAAGUGUUAACUAGGGGCGCUUCAGUGAAGAAAGAGACUGGUCUAAAAGCAAAGGCAGCAGAUUACAGUGUCAUAAAUGAAAAAAAUGCAAAUCAUAAGAAAGAUAAUAAUGAAGGUCAGAUCACAAAAGAGCUCGAUUUCUUUCGAAACAAAAGAAUUAUCAGCGAGGUGGAGAAUGGAAAGGAGGAGAAGACAAGGGAGAAUGAUUUGAACGAGGGAGAUGACAGCGGCAGUGAAGAUGGAGAGAUAAUAAAACCGGUGAUAACCAAUGCAGCUGAGGCGUCUGCCUUAAGAAAAUCGUAUAAGGGUAAUGUGUCAGGUUCAGAUGUGCCUUUACCUAUAGGUUCGUUUGAAGAUUUAAUUUCUAGGUUUUCAUUCGAUAAGCGUCUGCUGAAUAAUUUGGUUGAAAACGGAUUCACUGAGCCUACCCCUAUUCAAAAUGAAUGCAUUCCUGUUGCUCUUAACAAUAGAGACAUCUUGGCAUGUGGUCCAACUGGGUCCGGUAAGACCUUGGCAUUUUUGAUUCCGCUAGUCCAACAAAUUAUUGACGACAAGCAUACUUCAGGAUUGAAGGGUUUGAUCAUUUCUCCUACAAAAGAAUUAGCGAGCCAAAUUUUCAUCGAGUGUUUUAAGCUGUCUCAUAAGAUAUUCUUGGAAAAAAAGAGACCCCUUCAAGUUGCUCUAUUAUCUAAAUCUUUGGGCGCCAAAUUAAAAAAUAAGGUAAUUAGUGACAAGAAGUAUGACAUCAUCAUCUCUACCCCAUUGAGACUAAUUGAUGUUGUGAAAAAGGAAGCUCUUGACCUUUCGAGGGUUAAACAUUUGAUUUUCGACGAGGCUGAUAAAUUGUUUGACAAGACAUUUGUUGAACAAAGUGACGACAUUCUUAGUGCUUGCAAAGAGCCAGCGCUGCGUAAGGCAAUGUUUUCUGCCACAAUUCCAUCAAGUGUAGAAGAAAUCGCACAAAGUAUAAUGAUGGAUCCUAUCAGAGUCAUCAUUGGUCAUAAAGAAGCGGCAAAUACAAACAUUGAACAAAAGUUAAUAUUUUGUGGUAAUGAAGAGGGUAAACUAAUUGCAAUUAGACAACUUGUUCAGGAAGGGGAGUUUAAGCCACCAAUAAUAAUAUUUUUAGAAUCUAUCGCGAGAGCAAAGGCAUUAUAUCAUGAGUUGAUGUACGACAGAAUUAAUGUUGAUGUAAUUCAUGCAGAAAGAACAGUUUUACAAAGAGAUAGAAUUAUUGAACGAUUUAAGUCAGGUGAGUUGUGGUGUUUGAUCUGUACCGAUGUCCUAGCUCGUGGGAUUGAUUUCAAAGGUGUCAAUUUAGUCAUCAAUUAUGAUGUUCCAGAAUCUUCUCAGGCCUAUGUCCACAGAAUUGGUAGAACAGGUAGAGCCGGCCGAUCAGGUAAGGCUGUUACAUUUUAUACUAAGCAAGACUCAGUAGCUAUCAAACCGAUAAUCAACGUAAUGAAACAAAGUGGUUGCGAAGUAUCUAAAUGGAUGGAUAAAAUGGCUAAACUGACCAAAAGGGAGAAGGAAAGUAUAAAGAAUGGUAAGGCACAUACAGAAAGAAAGCAGAUCACUACUGUACCCAAGACUGAUAGAAUUAAAAGAAGACGUCAACAAGAAAUGAUUGUAGCAUCCAAAAGAAGAAAAAAUGAAGGGCUUUGA